CACUCAGGGCAUGAAUCUAGUUAUGCACUUACGUUUAUAAAUAGGACCAUGCUACACUUACACCAAAAAAUGUACCUCAUUUGUACACCAUAGUUAUGCACAAACAUUUUGAUGGUUUACACCGACAUAAGUGUUGGCUCCAAGAUUUCUCAUCAUCUUCUUUAAACCCCAUGUACCAUGGCACCAUCAUCCCAAGUGAUCAUCAUCAUCAUCAUCAUGACCAUGAUCAUCAUGAUGAUGAACAACAAUCCCAUAAGAUGAAGAAGAAGAGAAACCUUCCAGGAAAUCCAGACCCGGAAGCAGAGGUGAUAGCGCUAUCGCCGCGGGCCCUACUAGCGACGAACCGGUUCGUGUGCGAGAUAUGCAACAAGGGGUUCCAGAGGGACCAGAACCUGCAGCUCCACAGGAGAGGGCACAACCUCCCGUGGAAGCUGAAGCAGAAGAGCAAGCAGGAGAUGAGCAGGAAGAGGGUUUACGUGUGCCCUGAGCCCGGGUGCGUCCACCACCACCCGUCGAGGGCGCUGGGGGACCUCACCGGGAUCAAGAAACACUACUGCAGGAAGCAUGGGGAGAAGAAGUGGAAGUGCCUCAAGUGUUCCAAGUUCUAUGCUGUCCAGUCUGAUUGGAAGGCUCACUCUAAGACUUGUGGUACUAGGGAGUAUAAAUGUGAUUGUGGUACCCUUUUCUCCAGGAAGGACAGCUUUAUAACCCACAGGGCAUUCUGUGACGCUCUGGCUGAAGAGAGUGCCAGACUUUCUGCUAAGACCAUACUCCUCAUGCAACGCACUACUCCUCCUCCACCACCCCCACCUCCUCCUCCUCGUAACAAUAACAGUAACAAUAACAGUAAUACUCCCCACCUAAUUUACCCCAACUUUCACCUCAACCCUCCGCCGUCCCUCUUCUCCGCCGCCCCGCCCCCGCCGCCUCACCGUCAUUUCUCCUCCCCACCUCCGCCACCGGCACAAACAACCACCAUCAUGACAAUGGGAGGCAGCGGCGGCGUCCUGUGGGACCCGCCGCCCUCCCGGGUCCAUCAUCUCCCUCCCAUGAUCAAGUCCGAGACCGGGCCGCCGCCGUACUUCCAUGAACCGGCGGCGCCGUUCCUCUCCGCCACGGCGCUCCUGCAGAAGGCGGCGAGCGUCGGGGCCGCCGCGGUGGGCCACGUGGAGUGCAGCAUGGCCCACCUGCACGCGGCGGGGCCGGACGUGGACAUGAUGGAGAGGAUGGCCGCCGCCGUCGCGCACGAGGACUACAUGAGCUUCGACGCGUGGGAGAAGGGGGACCCGCUCACCCGAGACUUUCUCGGGUUGACCGGAAACGACGGCGGGAGGGAUCACCACCGCGGUCUGCUGUCGUAUGCCGCCACCGGUGCCGCCGCGGAUGACGAGCUACUGUUCCCAUGCAGCAGUGGGAGCAGCAAUAUGUAUAAUAACAAUGAGCGCCAUGAUACCCAUCAAUUAGGGUUUGGUUUUGCUGCUGCUCCUCCUGCUGAGACAACCUCCGGAACAUGGGGAAGUUGUUGAUCAUAUCCUAUAUAUAUUAUAUUACUCCGCAUUAUAAAUUAAUUAUAUUAAUUUAUAUGUAAUUAACCUUGGGGGUAACAUGCAUUUCCUGGGAAUCUGCUACAUUGGAUCAUCUGAAGGCUUAUUGAUUCUUAAUUAAUUGUUUGCAGUCUAUUUCAUUUUGUUUCAUUAUAUUACUUUUGAGUAGCUGGAAUUGAAGUAAACAAAAGCUAAGUAAUGAU